AUGUGGCGAUUGACUCUCUUGUUUAUCCAAGAAGAUGAUGAAGGCGAUUUCCAAGAUGAUCAAGUUGCCCUGGUACCACUGUCCAUCCGCAGUCUCAUCAAGGUCAUCCAAGGAUACGUUUACUACCGCAAACAUGUCCAUAACGAUCCUGUCAACCCUGACAACUGCAUGGAUAUUGACUAUGGAAGUGUACUUGACUAUAGAGCUUCUGGAGAGCUCUUAACUUUUGGUAAUAGAACUAUUCCACAACCUAUUAUCCAGAAACCCAGUCGUUGUACCCCUGCUGAUGAAUUCGAUAGAAGCAUCAGACAAGACCUGUCGUCUUUCCCUACUUUUAGCAAUGACAAGCAAUGGGAAAACUACAAUUGUAAUCUCCCAGCCAUCUGUCGCACUUACGGUCUACAAAAUGUUCUUAAUCAUAAGUACCGCCCACAAACUGUUGAUGAAAAGGACCUCUUUGACUGA